AUGAACUCCUUAGAGACGGAAUUGGGGCUCCCCAGCAACUACAGGUUUGAAAUUGACAAGUGUGUGAAACGCAUCAAGGAGAAGAACGCAACACGUGUGGCGCUUCAGUUUCCUGAGGGACUCCUUAUGUUUGCCGCUUCUAUUGCCGACAUACUGGAGGCGAAAACGGACGCAGAGAUGGUGAUAUUAGGGGAUGUUACGUAUGGCGCAUGCUGCGUGGAUGACUAUUCGGCGGUGGCAUUGGGGUGUGACUUUUUGAUUCACUACGGCCACAGUUGUCUCAUUUCGAUUAAAGACUGCCUCAUCAGCAACAUGAUGUACGUCUUUGUAGAGAUUGAGAUUGAUAUUCAACACUUUGUAGAUACCGUGCGGCGUCUCAUAUCUCCCGAGAUGCGUUUGGCCUGCAUUGCUACCAUCCAGUUUGUGUCAUCGAUGCGGGCAGGGAUGCAGAUGCUGCGGGACCACUUCCAACAUCCCGUGGUCAUCCCACAGAACCGUCCACUCUCCAGCGGCGAGAUACUUGGAUGCACAAGCCCUGUAGUGGAUCCGGCGACGGUGGACCUGGUGCUCUACAUCGGUGAUGGAAGGUUUCACCUGGAGUCGUUUCUCAUCGCUCACCCAACGCUCAACGCACUGCAAUAUGACCCCUACAAGAAAACGCUAACCAAGGAGAGCUACAACACAACCGAAAUGCGCACGUUACGAAAGGAGGCAGUUCAAAAAGGCAUGUCGGCCAACAGCUUCGCCCUUAUCAUGGGAACGCUUGGUCGUCAGGGCAGCCCACGUAUUGUCGACCGUAUUAUCAAGCUGGCCGCACAACAAGGCAAGAUUGUAAACCUUCUACCUAAUGUCCGAAGUGUUUCCCGAAAAGCUUUCCAGGCUGCAGGACGUCGAUUGCUACAUUCAAGUUGCCUGCCCACGUCUUUCCAUUGA